CGUUUUGUUUUUUUUUUUUACAUACCAUGGCCAAAACAUUCAGAAAAUGUUAACAGAUGUGGUUAGAGCAACUAUUGGUCAACACCUACAUUUAUAUUGGGAAACAUAGUCUUUUUUGUGGUAUAUAAUAGAUAAAGUAAGAGCUAUUUCUAAAGUUAUUUGCUUGAUUAUGUGCCAUGCCUUUUUAUGACCCACAUUAUGGUGCAACGAUAAUGCCGAGGAAUAAUACCAAUCUUUUUAUUUUCUCUUAGUCCAGAAUGUUCCAGGAUCUCAAAGAAUCCAACAGCUCUACAUUUCAAGUCUCUGAGUUCAUUCUCAUGGGAUUCCCAGGCAUUCACAGCUGGCAGCACUGGCUCUCCCUGCCCUUGGCUCUACUUUACCUCUUGGCUCUAACUGCCAAUAUCCUCAUCGUGAUUACUGUCAGACAAGAGGCAUCCCUGCACCAGCCUAUGUACCAAUUUCUGGGCAUCCUGGCUGUGGUAGACAUGGGUCUGGCUACCACCAUCAUGCCAAAGAUUUUGGCCAUCUUAUGGUUCAAUGCUAAGGCCAUCCAUCGCUCAGAGUGCUUUGCUCAGAUGUAUGCCAUUCAUUGUCUUGUGGCCAUGGAAUCAGGUAUUUUUGUCUGCAUGGCUAUAGAUAGAUAUGUGGCCAUUUGUCAACCACUGAGAUAUCCAUCGAUAAUUACUGAAGCUUUUGUGAUCAAAGUGACUGUAUUCAUGGCACUCAGAAACUGCCUGGCUCCAAUCUCAGUACCUGUACUUGCUGCUCAAAGAAAUUACUGCUCUAGGAACCAGAUAGAGCACUGUCUUUGCUCUAACCUUGGGGUCACUAGCCUAUCUUGUGAUGACAGGAAAGUCAACAGUAUCAACCAAAUAGUUCUGGCUUGGACAGUCAUGGGAAGUGACCUUGGUUUGACUGCUUUAUCUUAUGCUUUGAUCCUUCAGUCUGUCUUGAAGCUCAGCUCAGUAGAAGCUGCAUCCAAGGCGUUAAACACCUGCACAUCCCAUCUUAUUUUAAUACUUUUUUUCUACACAGUUGUCAUUGUCAUCUCCAUCACUCACAGUGCAGGCAUGAGAGUUCCCCUCAUCCCCGUUCUCCUCAAUGUGCUGCAUAACGUCAUUCCCCCUGCUCUCAAUCCCAUGGUGUAUGCUCUCAAGAACAAGGAGCUCAGGCAGGCCUUAUACAAGGUGUUUAACCUGGACACUAAGGGCAGAAGAUAAUCAGAAAACACGACAAAUGUUUACUUCUAAAAUAAGUAUUUUCAUUACAUUCCACAAUCACUGCAAUUGCUGCAAGUAAAAUAAUAGGUGUACUGUCACAUGUUUUCAGGUUCCAUCAGGAAUCAUUUCCAACAAUUGAAGCUUUAGAACUAACAGGUAUGCUUAAUAUUUGAA